GAAGGCUACGGCGUGAUGGUGCUCAACCCCAACGAGAACUACCUGGAGAUGGAGAAGCCAGCCAAGUCUUCUCCCCUGCCCUCCCCCACUGAACCCUCGGACGAACCCGCUGAAAAAAGGGAACGAAAGGACGAUAAGGAUGGCAAAAAGAAGAGAGAGUUCUAUGAGAAGUACCGUAACCCGCAGAAGGAGACAGAGACCGAACGGAUCCCAGUACGGGAAAAUGGUUCCUCUGAGGAACACGUGCUUUACGUUUGGGACCACUUUGUGUCAAAAGCCGAAGCCAAGAAUGUUUUCAUCGUGGCCCACAGCUAUGGAGGGCUGUCCUUUGUUGAGCUGAUGAAUCAGAGGGAAAUGCAGGUGAAGAACAGAGUGUGCGCUGUGGCUCUGACCGACUCGGCUCACAACAUCUGGCUACAGGACACCAGCAAAGGGACACUAGACUGGAUGCAGCAGCACUGUUGUAACUGGGUAUCCAGUCCAGAGCCCCUGGACACACCGCUGGAUCCCAUGCUGACUGACUGCCCCCGAGUCUCUGCAGGCACAGAGAAGCAUGAGCUGACCUCCUGGAUGAGCUUCAACUCCAUCUUCAGGUUCUUCAGCGAGGUCCUGGAGGUGAAGGAGGAUGAAGAGGCUGAGGAGACAUCCAAUAUUGUCACCACCCGCAGCAGCUCCCUCAAAAACAAACACCAGGAUUUGUAGAACAGAAAUGACUUGUAUCAAGAGGGAGAUUCAGUUAGAAAUGGAUUAUAAGGGGGGGCAAUGCAGAAAGGAAGAUUCUGGAUCUCUUCAGCAUGUUUUCUGUUGGGUUUUUCACCUCCCUCUUCCUCUGUAACCUUCCUUUCUUCACUCUUCUCAUUGCGGGUGUCAUCUUUCCCGUCCUGUCCUCUCUGGCUCUGCACACAAAUAGCCUUGUUGUUGUUGUAAGACACAGGAGUACAGGGUCACCAUGUAUACAUCACAAUAACGUUUUGCAUUACUUCUAGAUGAGUGCAACUGUCAAAGCAAUAUGGGCCUGAGUGUUAGCGCUUCCCGUGGGCUGUGGCCUAGCUGCGGGUACAGGCCACAGUAGCACAGAUUAAGGCUGACAGGCGCUGUGCACAAUGCGCCAUGGUGCACCUCUAAUUGUCCUGACAUCCGCCUGAACUGAGCUAAUGCCCUGCCUGCCCUCCAGUCUGCACUGCUCAGAGUCUCCCUCCUCUUCCUCUUCUUCCCCUCGGUCCUAAAGCCUGAGCUGCUUACCCUGAAAUCAGCUCAUCCUGUAUGAAAUCUUCAACUAAGGUACAUUCGCAUUUCAACCUGAUCAGUUCCCUUUUUCUAUUUUAAAACCUUUAAAAACAUUUUUCAAAAGAGGUAACGCACUCUUAAAUGAUGAUCGUUUCUUAUGAAUUAAAACGGAUGUUUUUUAUAACUUUUUUUUUUGUUCCCCUUUUCUGUGCAUAUGCAGCUUACUUUUAAAACCUGACUUUUCUUUGUUCUUUGUGUGAAAUGUGGUUCUAACUCUUGCAAUAUAUUCAUAUAGGACAGCACUGCUUAUAAAGAGAAAUAUCUUUUUUUAAUGUUCAAGCUUUAAGCUUAAUUUGAAUUCAGCAUCUCACAUACAUUCAGACUAUUUGAUUUUUAAUAUUAAGCCAAUACCUCUCAGAGCUGUAAGUGUUUACUUUAUAAUCUCUCCAGGUUUGCAAAACUGUGCAGAGUCCAUCUCUCUGUGUUUAUUAUAAAUACAUAUCUUUUUUUUUUCCUAUUUGAUAUCCUUGAAAUUGAUGUCUGCGGAUGAUUUGAUGUGAUGAAACAAAUAAAACAAACACAACCUGUGCUGAAUAUGGAAAA